AUGUCGAGUUCGCGCAAUGUUGCAAGGCUGUCUUCUGGCUCCAGAAGCAGUUUCAUGCAUGCUCAAUGCAUCCGUCGGAGAUCAGCUAGACUGGUUGCGCCGUGGUUCUCGACUCGAUUAGAAUGCGCCAGAGUCGCAGGUACUGAGGCGGCCAUAAUUCAUAUUGUCCAACAACAGCGAUACCAAUCCUCUUCACACGAACCAACAGAACAGAAACCACCAUUACCCCCAUCGAAACUUCUUCUGCGAGCUCUAAAACAGGGCUUAAGUUUUCGUCCCCUGCUCAGCGCCUUUCGAGGCCAGAGUCUUCGUUCUCUAUUUCGACAAAGUCCCGAAGAACUCGUCCUUGCUAUUGCUCUCCUAUGCGGUAUAGCUGGCAUAUCCGUUUACGUAGGUUAUGCUUAUUUCAAUUACUUUCAGUCGAAGCAGUUCACUCGAUUCCCUCCACCGAUCGCUAAGUCCCUUCGCCGUGCUCUGUACUAUAGUAAUUAUACACCGGAUCCGAGGUUAGCCCUCAAAUAUUACAAGAUGGCGUUGGAGCAGUGUUCGGAAGCCGGUCUUGACCCAUUCUCUGAUGAAGUUAUGGGGAUUAGGAUUCAAUUAGCUGCUUGGUUUGAAAAAAUCGGCAGCUACAAAAAUUCCAUUGAGGUCCUAGAGGCGCUCCUACAAGAUUGCGGAAAAUGGGUUGAAAAAUUGGAAAAGGGUGUUCAGGACGGGUUGGUUGACAAUUCGGGAAGGCUAGUAGGCUCACUAGAAACGCAACGCGCUGGAGCAGAAGCAGAUGCUGAGUCCGAGGCACAUAUAGCCCCAGAAAACCUAUGGGCUAAGAGGACGAGGAUACUAGGGAAAUCCGUUGGGAUUAGCGUCAAGCUUGGAGAGCUUUAUUCUGAUGAGCAUGUCCUUCAAAGCGACUCGGCCGGUGAACGCUUAGUAUGGGCAGUCGAGACCGUAUUAAAAGAAUUGCAGAGGCGCCAAAUUGAGGGUGUGAAGGCGGGUGAGGGGGAUUGGAUGAGCCCGGGGCAAAUUGGUGGUGCGCUGGAAGCUUUGGGAAACCAUUACGAGUCCAAGUCACAGUACUACCUCGCGGCGCCGCUCUUCCUUCAAGCUAUUUCACUUUCGCCCUCUAAUAGUUGUCAUACCGCCGUAUUAAUGAACAACCUAGCAAUUUCCCUGGCGCAGCAACCUAUCCACGUGUCGUCCAAUUCAAGCCAAUCCUCCCAAGUAGGAGGGCCCGCCGUGGGUGCUCAACCGACGCGAGCUGCCCUUCUAGCUAGUGCCCGCUCGUGGGCUUUACAAGCCCAACAGGCAGCACGGAAGGUGCAGGGCGAGGAUAGAACCAGCGAAUGUGACGAAGCCUGUGCCGUAGCACUCUGCAACCUUGGAGACAUUGCAACCAUGGCAGGGGACCUCGAAGAAGCCAGGCGUAGAUUCGAGGAGGGUUUGACUCUAAGUAGAAGGAUCUCCUUUGAAGAGGGUGCCAUGCAAGCCCAGGAGGGCCUAACACGCCUACCCAAGACGUCAUAA